CGAGCCCCGGUGCCAUGGCGACUCCGACUCCCAGCGUCUUCCUGCUCAUGGUCAACGGGCAGGUGGAGAGCGCCCAGUUCCCUGAGUACGACGACCUGUACUGUAAGUACUGCUUCGUGUAUGGCCAGGACUGGGCACCCACCGCGGGGCUGGAGGAAGGCAUCUCCCAGAUCACAUCCAAGAGCCAGGAUGUGCGGCAGGCGCUGGUGUGGAACUUCCCCAUCGACGUCACCUUUAAGAGCACCAACCCCUACGGCUGGCCACAGAUCGUGCUCAGCGUGUACGGCCCGGAUGUGUUCGGGAAUGACGUGGUCCGUGGCUAUGGGGCAGUGCACGUGCCCUUUGCCCCUGGCCGGUACAAAAAGACCAUCCCCAUGUUCGUCCCGGAGUCCACAUCCAAACUACAGAAGUUCACCAGCUGGUUCAUGGGACGGCGGCCCGAGUACACAGACCCCAAGGUGGUGGCCCAGGGAGAAGGCCGGGAAGUAACGCGCGUCCGCUCCCAGGGCUUCGUCACCCUCCUCUUCAACGUGGUGACCAAGGACAUGAGGAAGCUGGGCUAUGAUGCUGGGCCUGCAGACACACAGGGCACUUUGGGGCCCAGCCCAACCCAGGGCAUCCCCCGGUGAAGGUAGCACUGCCAGGUGGCACGUGAUGAAAGGCUGGACUCGUGGUGGGGUGGGAGAGGACAGACCGUUUUAUAAAAUUAAAGGAAAAAAUAUUUUCAGAGAG